AUGAAACUAGGCUUCUGUUUUCAAGAAUGGGAACAGAAUGGGUCAAACUCCAAUCACUGCAUUAAAACAGCUACCACCGGCGCUGCUGGCCCUGGCGUUGCUGCAGCUGGCGCUGCUGUUGGCGGAGCUGUUUUCCAGCGAGGGGAGGGGGACGAAAGAAGGGACAUUGAUGUUAAGAGUGUGAGCAGCAGCAGCAGCGGGAAACAGUGUAGUGGGAAGGUGAGGGAAAGCAAUGUGCAGGGGCUGGGGGAAGCUGAGGGGUGGGAAGUGCAUCCCGCUGAGCCUUAUCAACAACCGCCCUAUGCGGGAUUCGCCAGUUUCGCCCGCCACGGUCAGAGACAUGGAGAAGCAUGGGCAGCAUCCCGCCCGUUCGCCCCCCCGCUCACACUGUCUUCUCGUCCCCGCUGCCGCCCCACCGCCACCCCUUCCCUUGCUCACCGUCGUUCAGUGCCUUUCUCCUCUCCUCUCCGCUCCGCCCUCUCCUCUCCGCUCCGCCCUCUCCUCUCCGCUCCGCCCUCUCCUCUCCGUUCCGCCCUCUCCUCUCCUCUCCGCCCUCUCCUCUCCGUUCCGCCCUCUCCUCUCCUCUCCGCCCUCUCCUCUCCGUUCCGCCCUCUCCUCUCCUCUCCGCCCUCUCCUCUCCGUUCCGCCCUCUCCUCUCCUCUCCGCCCUCUCCUCUCCGUUCCGCCCUCUCCUCUCCUCUCCGCCCUCUCCUCUUCCGUUUCCGUCCUCUCCUCUCCUCUCCGCCCUCUCCUCUUCCGUUUCCGUCCUCUCCUCUCCUCUCCGCCCUCUCCUCUUACGUUUCCGCCUUCUCCUCUCCUCUCCACCCUCUCCUCUCCCGUUUCCGCCUUCUCCUCUCCUCUCCGCCCUCUCCUCUUCCGUUUCCGCCUUCUCCUCUCCGCUCCGCCCUCUCCUCUUCCGUUUCCGCCUUCUCCUCUCCUCUCCGCCCUCUCCUCUUACGUUUCCGCCUUCUCCUCUCCUCUCCGCCCUCUCCUCUUCCGUUUCCGCCUUCUCCUCUCCGCUCCGCCCUCUCCUCUUCCGUUUCCCCCUCCUCCUCUCCUCUCCGCCCUCUCCUCUCCGUGUCCGCCCUCUCCUAUUUCGAGAAAUGAUCCCAUCGCUGCUUAG